AUGACAAAACGAAGAAUUCUGACCUAUGUUGGAUAUUGUGGAUUCGGUUUGAAGGGCUCUCAAAUUCAAUCAACUAUUGCCCCCGAAUAUACCAUUGAAGGAAUUAUUGCAAAAAGGCUUUUCAACCAUCAUCUCCUAAAAGAAAAUAAUUAUUUGAAUCCGGAACAUUUAAGGCUUGAUAGAAGUACGAGAACGGAUAAAGGAGUUCAUUCAUUGGCUAAUUUCAUAUCUCUCAAGGUGGAGUCUGCUGUGAAUCGAUCGGAUGAGAAGGCAACAGAAUCCUUUGCGGACUCGAUUCAACAAAUGAUUAAUUCUAAAAGUGAGAAUGAACAAGUACCAUUAACAAUGAAUAAUUAUCAGCAAGUACAACAAUUUCCAGAUUCUAAUUUGAAAGCAUUCCGAGUGGAGGUCAUUUCCAGAAGAGUCAAUACUCGUUCAUUGGUAGUCAUACGUGGUUAUGAAUACAUUCUGCCGUUUCAAAUCAUUCUAAAUCUCGUGAAACAAUUUGAUUCAUCUCCUCAGAAAGAGGACAAAAUUUUGGAUUUAUUGAGAUUGAAAAUAGCGAAUGAGGACAUAUACCAACUAGAAGAGGAGAAAAAGACCUCUCUAUUAUUGCAAGUAAUUUGCGAAAAGUUAAAUUAUAUUUUGAAUCAAUUUGAAGGUUAUCAUUCGUUUCAUAAUUUUACCUUACCAAGCGCAAGUAAUGAUGGCGAACCUAUUUUGAGACAAAUCUAUCAUUGCUUUGCCUCUCCUACUCGAGUAAAAUGUGACAACAACCACGAGGAAUGGGCAAUCAGAAUCAAACUAUCUGGUAAUGGAUUUUUACAACAUCAAAUUAGAAAAAUGAUUUCUUCUGCUCUUUUGCAUAUCAUUGCCCCAGAAAUUAUGAAUCAAGAAUUUUUGGACAUUGCACUUAAGAGUAAUGAAGAAAUAUUUGUUAGCAAAGUACCUGGCGAGCAUUUAAUUCACACCAGAAGUAUCCUUUAUGACCUCGAAAUGGAAAAACGAUUUAGUUCCUGCCGAGAGCAACAAAUUACAUUCAAGAAAACAAUUUUAUAUCCAAAGAUUUUCAAAGAAUAUCGUUCAGUAUUGGAGGAGCAUUGGGACAAGUAUGCCAGAGAAGUUGAAUCAUUUGGAAAUGAGUGGCUCUCGAAAAAAGAGCAAGUUAAAAAUCGAGCACUCGAGAAUAUUGAGACACAAAGGUUAUUGACCCUGCAAAGACAAGAAAAAGAUGCAAAAUUCAGACAAGACUUACUUUCUCAGAAGAAACUGUUUCCAGUUCGAGCGUUACCAAAUGGAUACAGGUCACAUUUCUAUGUAAAAUUCAAGCUGUAUCCCCAUGAUGAGAGAGCAAUUAAGACAUUGUCUACUCUAGAAGCCAUGAUUUUGUCCCAAAAAUUGGCUGUCUCAUCAAGUUUUGAACUGUUGGAUCAGGUGGUUGUGUCAGAAAAGUUGUUGAAUCCUUCUGAAAUACAGAUUGAUGAAGAAUUAUAA